CAUUACACCGUGCGAAAGGGGUCGAAUCGCUAGUAAAUUAAUAAAAUAUAUUUUUACUAUCGUAGCUUUGAAAGCUACCGAUAUCGUUAUAAUGUGGCAAAUACAAACUGAUAAUGUGUCGUCACUAACAGCAAGCGGACUGAUAAUAUCAAUGAUAUCAAUAUUGGUACUGUAAGUAUAAACGCCAAAUUGCCAAGCCGCCUGCUUGAAUAUUGUGGUAGGAUCAGUAUAAAAGAUAAUGAGACGUGAAUAGUACGUUUCAGUAAAGAUGUUGCGCUUCGCAAUAACAGUCAGUGUGAUACUGACGGCAGCGGAGUGUUCCGUGGUCGUCACGACCACAGGCCCCGUGCGGGGGACGCUCGUGGAAGGAGAACAAGUUUCUUACUACGCCUACUUGGGAAUACCAUAUGCAGAAAGCCCAGAAGGAGAAUUACGUUUUAAGCCCCCCAUUCCCAAACAACCAUGGACUAAUGUGUUUAAUGCAACAGAGCAAGGUCCGGUGUGUCCGCAACCAGAAGGAAAGUACACAAGAGAUCAAAUGAGCGAAGAUUGUUUAUCCAUUAAUAUUAUGGUCCCGGUAAACAGAACGCAGGAAUCUUUACCUGUAUUCGUAUUCAUUCAUGGAGGAGGCUUUAAAAGUAACGCCGGAGAUAUUAAUAUAUUUUACGGACCAGAUUUUUACAUAAAAAGAGACGUUAUUUUAGCAACGAUUAAUUUCAGGUUAGGAGCAUUAGGAUAUCUAUCACUCGACACAGAAAAUNUGGUAUCAAUUUAA